UACACAAGUAUUCUGAUGUGAAAUCACUUAUGUUUACCAGGAUUGCUUCUGGUCUUGGCCAUCCUGCCAUGGCUAAUAAUUCUCAUUUCACUGGCAUGCAGCCUCCUAUACCUCCUCUGGCGGGUCCUCCUCAGGGUGCUAUUCCAUCCAUGUCACUGCAGCAGUUCCAGCCUAUGCUUCCACCCCAGCAGGCACAACCAUAUGUUUCUGGGUCAUCUCAACACUUUCAGCCACUUGGACAUGCAAAUGUUGUGAUGCCUCCUCAACCUUCACAAAUCCAAUUUCCUCAGCCUAUGCAACAGGUUGCUGGUAGACCUGUAGUAGGAGGGCAUAGUAUGUCUCAGGGACCACCUAAUCCCCAUGAUUUUCAGCGAAACCCUCCGAUGUCAAAUAACCACAUGCCUGGUUCUGGUGGCCCAAGUUUUCCGCUAUCUUCUUCAUAUAAUCAGGUAAAUGCAGAUUCUUCAAGCUCCCAGUAUCAGACACAGAUACACGAUCAUAGGUUUCCAUCAGGGGUACAACCCUGGAUGCCAACAAGUAAUCAUAAUGUGAAUUCUGCGACAACUAUGCAAAAUACUGGAGAACUAGCAGCUCCGUUGGUUCUUCCGGAAGCAAAUAACGGGGUUGACUCUGUUGAGACUACUCCCUCAGAUUGGAUUGAGCAUACUUCUCGAAAUGGGAAAAAAUACUAUUAUAAUAGAAGGACAAGAAUCUCUAGCUGGGAGAAACCUCUAGAGCUGAUGACAGAAAUGGAGAGGGCAGAUGCAUCAACUGACUGGAGAGAAUUUACAAGUCCUGUGGGAAGGAAGUAUUACUACAACAAGGUUACUAGAAAGUCAAAAUGGAAAAUGCCUGAUGAAGUCAAGUUGGCUCGUGAAAAGGACACUAUUUCGCACGCCUCUGAUUUUGGAUCCAUUUCUAGUAUUAAAACAUCAUCCCCGGGUGCAGAUGGUUCAUUUGUCUCGGCACAAGGAGCUAUGACAAGCCCAAUUGCUGUGUCACCAGUUGCUAACUUACCAGCUAUUGUGGCUUCAGAAUCAUCAAGUUUAUCUGGUAAGGUUUCUUCUCCGACGAUUGACGCAGUCGAAAUGCAGAACUCUUCAGAACCUGCUUCGCCAGCUGUUGCUAAUUCAGAGAAAAUUGGAAUAGCAGUAACCUUGGGAAAUUCUGUCACGAUACCAGUUAGUUCUGAGACUACUUCAGCUCAAGAUGCAGUAGCAUGUGGCGAUGGAGUUUCUCCGGAGAAUAGGGAGGAAGUUAAGCAAGACGCUGCAAUAACUGGAAUAGGAAGUGCUACUCCAUCAGAAGAGAAAACAGUCGAGCUGGGACCAUUAGUUUAUGAGAGCAAAGUGGAGGCAAAGAAUGCAUUCAAAACUCUUUUGGAAUCUGCUAAUAUUGGGUCUGACUGCACGUGGGAUCAGGCCAUGAGAGCAAUAAUCAAUGACCGAAGAUAUGGUGCUCUAAAAUCCCUUGGUGAGCGGAAGCAAGCUUUUAAUGAGUAUCUGAGCCAAAGGAAAAAACUGGAAGCUGAAGAGAGACGUGUUAAACAGAAAAAAGCUCGGGAAGAUUUCAGGAUAAUGUUAGAAGAUUGCAAAGAGCUUUCACCAUCCUCAAGAUGGAGUAAGGCAAUUUCCAUAUUCGAACAUGAUGAACGUUUUAAAGCUGUUGAGCGAGCUAAAGACCGUGAAGACCUUUUUGAAGAUUAUAAGGAGGAACUUGAGAAAAAGGAGCGUGCAAGGGCAUUGGAGGAGCAGAAGCGCAAUAGAGUGGAGUAUUUAGAAUUCUUAAAAUCCUGUGACUUUAUUAAGGCCAGUAGCCAGUGGCGGAAAGUUCAGGACCGUUUAGAAGCUGAUGAAAGAUGCCCCCGCCUUGAGAAAAUUGACCGCUUGGAAAUUUUCCAGGAAUAUAUACGUGAUUUAGAGAGGGAAGAGGAGGAGCAAAGGAAACUGUGGAUGGAAGAAUUGAGGAAAGCAGAACGUAAAAAUCGUGAUGAGUUCCGAAAACUAAUGGAAGAACAUGUUGCUGUGGGAACGCUUAAUGCAAAAACUAUUUGGCGUGAUUAUUGCAUCAAAAUCAAAGAUAUAGCUGCAUAUCUAGCUGUAUCAUCAAAUACUUCAGGGUCAUCAGCAAAAGACUUAUUUGCAGAUGUUGUGGAUGAGUUGGAUAAACAGUAUCUUGAUGACAAGUCACGAAUUAGAGAUGCAGUUAGGAUGACUAAGAUUGGACUGACAUCAACCUGGACGCUUGAUGAUUUUAAGGAUGCAAUUGCAAAGUAUAUUAGCUCUCCACCAAUAUCAGAUACCAACUUAAAGCUUGUCUUUGAAGAGUUACUGGAAAGGGCCAGGGAGAGAGAAGAAAAAGAAGCUAAAAAGCGUAAGCGUCUAGCAGAUGAGUUCUAUGAACUUCUUCAUGCAUCAAAGGAAAUUACUGCAUCGUCGAAAUGGGAGGACUGUAAAUCCCUCUUCGGAGACAGAAUAAUGGGUGAUGAGAGCUUGCUGCUGGAAAUAUUUGACAAAUUUGUUAAUGAACUAAAAGAAAAGGCAAAAGAGAAGGACCGGAAGCGUCAAGAGGAUAAGGCAAGAAAAGAGAAGGAAAGGAAAGAUAGAGAAAAGAAGAAGGAAAAACAUAGAAGGGAUAAACACAGAGGGGAUAAGAGCAGGAAAGAGAGAGAAAGAAGCAAGAAAGAUAGUACAGACAGUGACAAGGAAAUCAAAAGGUCAGGAAGUGACAGAGAUAAGAGAGACAGUGACAAGGAGAUCAGAAGAUCAGGAAGUGACAGAGAUAAGAAAGACAGUGACAAGGAGAUCAAAAGGUCAGGAAGUGACAGAGAUAAGAAACAUCGCAAGCGGCAUAGACGUUCCUCUGAUGACGAUGAAAACGAGAAAGAUCAUUCAAGAAGUUCUUACAGACAUGACAGUGAUUAUAAGAAACUGAAACAGAUGGACCAGCACAGCCGGAGUUUGGAAGCUAAUUCGGAGGGCCAGCAUAAGAAAAGAAAACGAGAUCAUCGGAGUGAUUCUCAUAGGGAUGGUGACUAUGAGGAUCACAAAGAUUGUGAAUUUGGCGAGGAUGAAGAAGUUUAGUAGCUUUUUUUUUCUUUUUCAAAAUGAUUUCUCAAAUGCGCUUUUCAUUGUGUACAUAUAAUGUAGCGCGGUUUACUAUCCCCUCCCCCAACCCCCCUAAAGAAAAUAAACAGAAACAAAGUACUUGAUGAUAAUGUUGUUUGACAUUUAGUUGUAGCAAAGUCAA